UGUUUUAUUAAAACCUUUGUUUUAAAUUUAUUCGUGUCUGUUUCAUUUAUCCCAUUUUUCUUUUUAAUAACUAGCUCAAGAUUUUCAUCCUGUUGGCGUGAGUUCUGUGACUCUUCCCUUUCUGAUUUCUCUUUGUUAACUUAAUGUUUUCAUUAGCAUCUGUAAGACAAUGAGAAGAAACUGAGACCCCCCCAAGUUUAAGUUUUUAAGACUAGUCAUUACAUUUUUCUUUUAAUUUAGUCUUUUUAGGUACCAUAAAACACCUGUUUAUCAUGAGAGCUCUCUAAAAAGUUUCCCAACUUAAGGAUCCAUUGUUGGCUAUUUUUCUUUCUCUGGAGUCUAAAGAGCGUUGUGGCCACGUGGUGUUACAAAAGAAAAUCAUCCCUCUUUAGACAUUGGCUUAUAGCUAUAGGUUGACCAGUCAGCCAAAGUUUUUCCCAAGGGGCUCUUAGGUGGAAUAGAUGCGGCACCUCCCAUGUUAACACUUUUAAAAGGACAGACAAACAGACAAACAACAGCAAAUACCAAACAAGUGCACUUUCCCCAAAACCCUCGGCCACAAACGGAAGCCAGAAUAAAGACCAAAACCAAAACCAAAACUAAAAACCAAAGUGCUUCCAGUCCCAGCUUAGUCCGUGUCCUACACUCGGUGGGCGCCCAACAAAUGAAGAUUUGCUAUGCAGAUCUUCCCAAAUGAGCAAGGACAAGGGACCUCGGUUGUGCACACCCGAGGGACUUACCAAAGUCUGGCUGGGGCAUCACGACUUCAAAAUAAACGGAGCCCAGAGGGCUGCCAGGACAGUGGGCACUGACGCAUGCUGAACCCCACCCUGACUCCCGCAGACCUAAGUCACUUCUCCAUGAUCCUCUGGAAUAAUCCACGCUGACACUCUCAGGGCUCUGUUAAAGUUUUAUUGCUUUAUGUUCUACCUGAGUCCUUGGUUCAUAUUGGAUAUUUCAGAGAAAAGUCUAGGCUGCCAUGGGUCCAUUCGUGGAGCAAUUCAAGGGGUACAAGAACCUGAUUGUGGCAUUGGUUUUUCUGGUUUGGAUCCUCUAUUUCAUCUUGUCCUUGCCUGACAGCACCAUCCAUCGGCCCCCAGGACCCCGUGCUGCCUCUAAAUCUGCCUGCAAGCCCACAGAAUAUCCCUCCCACUUGUCCUUUCUCCCCCAGGAGCUCGCCAACCUGACCCAUCUUCUGUACUGGCCUCCAACCCCAGGGGAUGAAGGGGACAUUUUGGCCUCCACCAGCCCCCAGACCUCCACCUACCGCCUGAGGGGUCCUGCCCAGGCUAGCUAUGCCCUGGGAGGCUACCUGGAGGCCAUCCUUGUGGCCAGAGACCACCGGGGCAGGCCCAAGACCCAUGGUGGGGAUCUGUUUCGGGCACAGCUGCUGGGUCCUGGCUUGAAGGCGGGGGUCCCUGGGGAUGUCCAGGAUCUGGAGAAUGGCACAUACCUGUUGUCUUUCCCUCUGCUCUGGGCUGGGCAGGCCCGUGUACAAGUGCGGCUGAUCCACUCCAGUGAGGCAGUUGGGGUUCUACGAAGAAUCUGGAGAGAGAAAAGGGCCACAGUUGAUUUUAGAGGGUAUUUCCGGGGACCCACAGGAGCUGAAGAGACUGUGAUUUGUAAUGUUGACCCCCAGUCAACUGGAGCGAAAGGGCCUACCUGCCAGUACAGGGAUGUGGUUUCAAGUGAGCUCUGGUUCUGUGCUCAACCACCUACCCUGCCCUGCAACUCUUUGGUCGGACACUCAAGUGGGAGUUACCUGAAAGUGACUGUACCACAUGAUGAGGCCCUGCUGGCAUGGAAUGUGACAGACAAGGUGCUCCCACAGGGCAUUUCUCCAAUCCAGAUCAGAAUGGCAGCCACAGGGAACAGCAGCCUGGCCCUGUCCCCACAGCUCCCCUGCCGCCCUGGGCUCCCGGCCUCAAAGCCCUCUGGUUUCUACCACCAAGAUGUGUGGCACUCACUGUCUUGCUCCGGCCGCUCCUUCUCCACUGCUGACAGCAUCCUGGGCUGCCUGGCUGGCCACGUCAUCCACAUGAUCGGGGACUCCACGCUUCGGCAGUGGUGGGAGUAUCUGCGAGACAAGGUCCCCUCUCUGAAGCCAGUGGAUCUACAUGCCAUACAUCAGGCAGGGCCCCUGAUGGCGGUGGAGACCACUCGGGGCAUCGUGUUAAACUGGCGAGCCCACGGCUGGCCCCUGCGCUGCCUCCGUGCACCAGUGGCCUCCUUGCAUUCUGUGGCCCAGGAGCUGAGCGGCCUGGCCGGGGGCCCCCACACGGUGGUGGUGCUGGGCCUGGGUGCUCACUUCACCACCUUCCCUCCAUCCAUCUUUGUGCGAAGACUGGCAGGGAUCCGGGCAGCCGUGGCUGCACUGCUGGCCCGGGAACCCCGCACUCUUGUGAUCAUCAAACUGGCCAACACCGGCUACAAGUCCGUGUAUGGCAGCGACUGGUUCACCCUGCAGAUUAACCGGCUCCUCCGAGCUGCCUUUGCUGACCUCCGUGUGGCCUUUGUGGACGCCUGGGAAAUGACCUCCAGUCUGGCCCUGCCCGACAACAUCCACCCAGGACGGCUUAUCGUCAGCAACGAGGUGGACGUCCUCCUCUCCUUCAUCUGCCCCGCUUAAGCCCUCCUGCAGGUUUUGGAGCUGUGUGGACGGAGGCCGUCGGGAUUGUGAAGAGGACCGGAGACAUGAUGGGACCCUGAACUAGCAGUGAUUCAGAGAAGAGUGAUUAACCCAAGACUUACUACCUAGGGUUAAUCACUGUUAACAUCUUGGUGACCAUCUGUUCAUACGUUUGCCUAUGCAUCACACAUAUAUGUGUGUAAUUCUACAUAAAUGAGAUGAUAUUUUACAUGCCUUUUUCUUUUUUGAGGAAGAUCAGCCCUGUGCUAACAUCCGUGCCCAUCUUCCUCCACUUUAUACGUGGGAUGCCUGCCACAGCAUGGUUGACAAGCAGUGCGUAGGUCUGCACUGGGAUCCGAACCUGUGAACCCCAGGGCCAGCAAAGUGGAGGGUGCUAACUCAAAUGCUACACCACCAGACCGGCCCCAUGCCUUCUUUUUAAUUCUCUUUUUUGGAAAUUUUUAUUGGUUUAAUCGUAGAUUAUGCAGUUGUAAGUUAUAAUACACAGAGAUCCCUCAUACUCUUUCCUCAGUUUCUCCCAAUGGCAACAUCUUGCAAAACUAUAGUACAAUAUCGCAACUGGGAUAUUAACAUUGGUACAAUCCACCAAUCUUAUUCAGAUUUCCCCAGUUUUAUUGUAUUUAUUUGUAUAUGCAUGUAUUGAGUUUUAUGCAGCUUUGUCCCAUGUAUAUGUUCAUGUCUAAUUCUUUUUUUUUUGCAUUUUGAUGAGGAAGAUUGGGCCUGAGCUAACAUCUGUCACCAAUUUUUCUUUUUGCUUAAGGAAGAUUGUCACUGAG